AUGCACGCCUCUCUCGUUCGUCGCCAGCUCGGCGGUCUAGUCCCGCCAAAAGUUGCUAGCCCAACUAUUCUGUCGUCCGGAUCGGGAGCCUCGCUCUCGCCCCUGGUCGAGUUCUACUCCAAGCUUCCCAAGGGCUCGGCAUCCGUGAAGGCGAGCGGCAUCAAGGGCCGGUUCUUCAACGGCAAGAAUGCCUCCGGCGCACCGUUGGUCUGGACUAUCCUGGGCAUCUUCACCCUUGGUUACACCAUCGACUACCAGAUGCACCUCAAGCAUCACAAGAACCACGCGCACUGA